AUCAAAAGAGGCGAGCGAUCAAGGGGGGUCCAUGCUGUACCGCGCUCUUUUCCCCCGGGCUUUUAAUUCAGGUCAAGAGUAUCAUCGCCUUUUUAAACUCUGGUGCGCGCGCGCUUACCGAGGAUUGCCUUUUAUGGUUCGGUAUUUGAAAGCAAGCUGCUGGCGAGUCGUCGACGACUUAAUCGCGAUCCCGCCUCUUCUGAUCAAGAUUUGCCGAUUAUUCUGGUUUUAUACUCUCGCGAGUUAUGUGCUUCAUUGAUACAAAACGUGAUUAGGAACAGAUUGUUCGAUAGAAAAUAAAUUUCUAGUAUUCUGGUUGUUACGUGUAGUGAUAGCUUUAAGUAUAGUAGAUCUUGUCUUUCACAAAAAAGUGCAGGAUGUAUGGCUACAGCUAUCAAGAAUUGGCUAAUAGAAUGAUGUCAUCUAUGGAGGAAUUCCAGGAAGCAUUUCAGUUGUUUGAUAGCCGCGGGGAUGGAAAAAUCCAUGUGUCCCAGAUUGGCGACGCAUUACGAGCUCUUGGUCAGAAUCCGACUGAAUCGGAUGUGAAGAAGUUUACUCACCAACACAAACCGGACGAGCGUAUCAGUUUUGAGGUAUUUUUGCCGAUCUACCAGGCAAUCAGUAAGUCCCGUACGUCCGACACAGCGGAUGACUUUAUCGAGGGUCUGCGUCAUUUCGAUAAAGACGGAAACGGCUUUAUAUCUUCUGCGGAAUUGCGACACCUUUUGACGACGCUCGGUGAGAAACUUAGCGAUGAAGAAGUAGAAACAUUAUUGGCAGGUCAUGAAGAUUCACAGGGUAAUAUCAAUUACGAAGACUUUGUUCGCCAGGUGAUGUGCGGCUAAGUAGCUACUUAAUUACAUGUAAGAGAGUAUUAUUAUCAUUCUCGUUUAUUUUGCCAUCAAAUCUAUUGAAGCAGUUUCAUUUUUGAAGUAUCAUAUCAUAGUAUGUGUACCUAUAUGGCGAUUUAUCUCGAUGGAAUCGUAACGAAACACUAUUAUGUACACUGUGGGAGAAAAGGAGGUUAUCCCUUUUUAUAUAAGAGUUUAAAUUAGUUAAACAAUGGUAGAUAAAGAACAAUCUAGCGCAUUGUGCCUUGACGUAUACUCCGAUUUAUGAGCAUUUAGUGAUAUUGAUAGUAAGACACACAUCGUUGUGCGAUCUUUAGCGAGAUAUCUGAAUUCCGCGGACAUUCCAAAUUUUUCUAAGAUAUACUUGAAAGAAUUUGAAGGUAACUGGUCUUCAGAGCGAAGGCUGAGCAUUUUGAUUUACGCUGAUAUGGGCCAUGUAUGUACUUUCAUCUUUUCCUCUAUCAAGUUCAAAUAUUCUCUGUGUGGCUAGAAAACGUACAUUCGAGAGAAUCUUCCACAUUUCCUAUUAUAUCCUAAAAAAAGAACGCGAAGAGUAUUCACUUAUUUAUUUAUGCAUGAGCGCGUAUUUGUGUCUCCGAAAUGCGCAACAAAAUAUAUUGUAUAUUGCAAUGAAUAAAAAAAGUUGCUCUAAGAGAUUC